AUGGGCCCCUCUGGCUCCCCUCUGCUGCUACACUGCCCUGCACCACCUCCACUCAGCUUCAGUGUGUUCAUCCACCUGUCCCACGUCCCCUCGGCCCCCAGGAGCACAGCUGGUGGCCCUGGCUCCUGGCAGCCCAUCUUGUUCCUUCUGGAGCACCAGCCUCAGAGGCCUUCCUGUGCAGGGUCCACUCGGCCAGCCCUGGGACCCUCCUGGUCUCAAGCACACACGUUCUCCCUGCAGCCAGACCUGCCCCUGCCUGUGAGCUCAGACCUGAGCCCUGGAACACCUUCCCUUCUCCAUCCCAGCUCGCCUUUGCCAGCUGCUCAGCGGGAUGAACUCACACUCCCCUCCCUGCACCAUAAGUCAGAGCCAGCUGGAGAGACGCCCAGGCCAAAGCAGCCACCAGGGCCCAGUGGGGGCCAGAAGCUUCAGAUGAGAGGCCCAGGAAGACAAAUAGCGGCUGACGGCGGGGGCGGGGCUGCCCACAAGUACCGCGCCAGAACAGGAAGGGCUGAGACCCCCACCUUGAGCAAGGGAGGAGGAGAGGCCCCAGGUGAACGGAGGGGCUUGUCCAGGCUGGCAGCAUCACCGGAGCCCAGGGCAGGGUCAGCAGAGCUGGCCGUGGGGCCCUCCUCUCAGCCAGGACCGACAGCAGCCUCCACCAAGGGCCCAUCGGUCUUCCCCCUGGCGCCCUCCUCCAGGAGCACCUCUGGGGGCACAGCAGCCCUGGGCUGCCUGGUCAAGGACUACUUCCCCGAACCGGUGACCGUGUCGUGGAACUCAGGCGCCCUGACCAGCGGCGUGCACACCUUCCCGGCUGUCCUACAGUCCUCAGGACUCUACUCCCUCAGCAGCGUGGUGACCGUGCCCUCCAGCAGCUUGGGCACCCAGACCUACAUCUGCAACGUAAAUCACAAGCCCAGCAACACGAAGGUGGACAAGAAAGUUGAGCCCAAAUCUUGUGACACAACUCACACAUGCCCACCGUGCGCAGCACCUGAACUCCUGGGGGGACCGUCAGUCUUCCUCUUCCCCCCAAAACCCAAGGACACCCUCAUGAUCUCCCGGACCCCCGAGGUCACGUGCGUGGUGGUGGACGUGAGCCACGAAGACCCCGAGGUCCAGUUCAACUGGUACGUGGACGGCGUGGAGGUGCAUAAUGCCAAGACAAAGCCUCGGGAGGAGCAGUACAACAGCACGUACCGUGUGGUCAGCGUCCUCACCGUCCUGCACCAGGACUGGCUGAAUGGCAAGGAGUACAAGUGCAAGGUCUCCAACAAAGCCCUCCCAGCCCCCAUCGAGAAAACCAUCUCCAAAGCCAAAGGGCAGCCCCGAGAACCACAGGUGUACACCCUGCCCCCAUCCCGGGAUGAGCUGACCAAGAACCAGGUCAGCCUGACCUGCCUGGUCAAAGGGUUCUACCCCAGCGACAUCGCCGUGGAGUGGGAGAGCAAUGGGCAGCCGGAGAACAACUACAAGACCACGCCUCCCGUGCUGGACUCCGACGGCUCCUUCUUCCUCUACAGCAAGCUCACCGUGGACAAGAGCAGGUGGCAGCAGGGGAACGUCUUCUCAUGCUCCGUGAUGCAUGAGGCUCUGCACAACCACUACACGCAGAAGAGCCUCUCCCUGUCUCCGGGUAAAUACCCCCGUGUCCACUCGGGGGCAUGCCUAGUCCAUGUGCAGCUGCAACUGGAGGACAGCUGUGCGGAGGCGCAGGACGGGGAGCUGGACGGGCUGUGGACGACCAUCACCAUCUUCAUCACACUCUUCCUGCUAAGCGUGUGCUACAGUGCCACCGUCACCUUCUUCAAGGUGAAGUGGAUCUUCUCCUCGGUGGUGGACCUGAAGCAGACCAUUAUCCCCGACUACAGGAACAUGAUUGGGGACAGCCAGCCCCAGAGUCCGCACUGGGGAGAGAAGGGGCCAGGCCCAGGACACUGCCACCUCCCACCCACUCCAGUCCACCGAGAUCACUCGGAGAAGAGCCUGGGCCAUGUGGCCGCUGCAGGAGCCCCACAGUGCAAGGGACACACUGCUGCAGCCCCGUGGGGAGUGAGGGAGACAGCACCUGGGGUGCAGGGCGGGCAGCUGCUGCAACACCAGCUCUAUCCCAAGCCCAAGGAUGGCAUCCCAGAGAUGCAGGAGAGCUUUGUCCAGAGAAGGAUACACAGGCCCCUGUGGCCAAGGGAAGGGGGAGAAUGGAACCAUCUGAGCAUGUUGACCCGGAGGAACUGGUGGCCCUUGAGUCCACGAAGCCCACCCUGCCAGGUGCCCCUGCCCCACGUGACCCAAGGCACGCUGGUGCAGGGGGUGGGCUCCCAAGGCCUUGGACAACUCUACCCCUGUGGCUUUGGAGAACGUAGCCCCAGUGGCUUCUCUCACAUGAUAGAGUUGAGUGCCUGUGGCUUUUCCAGAUUCAGGCACCUCCCCCCGACCAUCCAGCUCCUGUGCCUCGUCUCUGGGUACACCCCAGGGACUAUCAACAUCACCUGGCUGGAGGACGGGCAGGUCAUGGACGUGGACUUGUCCACCGCCUCUACCACGCAGGAGGGUGAGCUGGCCUCCACACAAAGCGAGCUCACCCUCAGCCAGAAGCACUGGCUGUCGGACCGCACCUACACCUGCCAGGUCACCUAUCAAGGUGACACCUUUGAGGACAGCACCAAGAAGUGUGCAGAUUCCAACCCGAGAGGGGUGAGCGCCUACCUAAGCCGGCCCAGCCCGUUCGACCUGUUCAUCCGCAAGUCGCCCACGAUCACCUGUCUGGUGGUGGACCUGGCACCCAGCAAGGGGACCGUGAACCUGACCUGGUCCCGGGCCAGUGGGAAGCCUGUGAACCACUCCACCAGAAAGCAGGAGAAGCAGCGCAAUGGCACGCUAACCGUCACGUCCACCCUGCCAGUGGGCACCCGAGACUGGAUCGAGGGGGAGACCUACCAGUGCAGGGUGACCCACCCCCACCUGCCCAGGGCCCUCGUGCGGUCCACGACCAAGACCAGCGGCCCGCGUGCUGCCCCGGAAGUCUAUGCCUUUGCGACGCCGGAGGGGCCGGGGAGCCGGGACAAGCGCACCCUCGCCUGCCUGAUCCAGAACUUCAUGCCUGAGGACAUCUCAGUGCAGUGGCUGCACAACGAGGUGCAGCUCCCGGACGCCCGGCACAGCACGACGCAGCCCCGCAAGACCAAGGGCUCUGGCUUCUUCGUCUUCAGCCGCCUGGAGGUGACCAGGGCCGAAUGGGAGCAGAAAGAUGAGUUCAUCUGCCGUGCAGUCCAUGAGGCAGCGAGCCCCUCACAGACCAUCCAGCGAGCGGUGUCUGUAAAUCCCGGUAAAUGA